GUUCCGGGUGAUGCUGGCAGUUCCGAGCACGAUGAUCCGAGCUAAAGUACUUCCGACAGUCCUGAACCAAAUCCUCAGCGAUGGCAUCACGGCAGCCUUCCUCAUGACGUCUGAUGGAGCACUCUUGGGUACGGUGGGCUCGAUGAACAUCGAGGUGUCGUCGCUGCCCGUGGUGGACAACAAGGUCGUCGGCGCCAUCGUGGCCAACGUGUGGGGAGAAUACGCCGAGUCGGCCAAGGAAAUCUUCGCCGACGAAACCUUGCAAGUGCUGUUCCUGCACUUUGACCAGAACAAGAGCCUCGCGAUCGCAUCCGCCGGGACAGGGUACCUCGUCUGUGCGUACUCAGACGGCACGGCUCCUAUGGGGCUGGUCAAAGCACGACUGCAGGCGUUGCAGCCAUUUCUGAAAGGCGCCUUGCAACAAAUUCAACUCAACUAACAUUGUUCCCUUGGUUAAUCUGAUGUUCGUCGACGUUCUCGC